AUGUCGUCGUGGGAUCUGGUAGGCCGUCCACUGGUGCCGUUCUUUGACACGGAGGAGAACGUGAACAACUCGCUCGAGUUUGCUGAGGGGCACAACGAGCGGGAGGACAUUGAUGUCGACGCGCGGGUGUGGGACAAAGAACUCGGAUACUUUGUGUACCCAUCCGAACACUCGAGGGCGACGUCGGCGCCAGUUGCCAUUGCAGCAGUGACUCGAGAGCGUAAGGCAGACAGCGGCAGUAAGUUGUUGCUCACGCCGUCGAUGAUGCUAUCGAGCAGCGCACCAAACUCGCUGGACGCAGAGCGAACGUUCCUGUCAGCUGCUCCCGAUGGCGUUGGACCACGCAGUUGCUCAGCAAAGCGGGAACCAAAACAAGCAAAGACUCGACCCAGUGCGUCUCGAUGUCCAAGCGAAGCGGUCGACGAUGCGUCCACUGCAAAUGUUUCGUCAAGAAAGGAGAAGAGUAAGGGAGGCAAUACGACCAGCUAUGGUGCCCAGUCGGGUCAUCGCCAGCAGCCACGCAACGGUAAGGUGAAGGAGCAGCUUUCAGAUUCGGGAAAGUGGGCCUGGUCAGCCUUCCAGUCGUCGCCUGAUCCGGCUGAGCUACCGAUGCCUCCAUUCCUCGCACAAUUGGCUGACGGCGUGAGCAACUGUGACGGGUCGAUUUCAGCCUCGACAUCUGCCGCUCCUUCGCCGUUGCCACCGGUGCCACCUGUGCAGCUCGUGACCGCAGCACCCGCGCCGUCGCUUUCGUUGGGGUCACUCCCUGCACAGCCACCUCAGCCUCCACUACCGCCGAUACCAACGGCACCUCCGGAUGUGACGGUGCCAGCGGCCCCGAUGUCCGCCGAGUUGUCCAUGACUCAAGAUCUCCGCAGAAUGCUGAACAUUGGGGGAGGGUAA